UUGAAAGCUUUUGUGAAGUCGCAGCUUGUUUCCGGCGGACCUUUUCUGGUGUGACACUAGAUCAUGACGACAGUACACAGAAUCACACCGAUCCCCGAAAACUGUGUUUACACCAGCUGUUAUUGUGAAGAAAAUGUGUGGAAGCUGUGUGAAUUUGUUCAGAAAGAGAGAACUGCUCCACUGGAACAGCUGUUUGUCGUUUUUAUCUCUAAUGACAAACGGAUGAUUCCUCUGUGGAAGCAGAAAUCCGGACAUGGCGACCAGCCUGUGAUCUGGGACUACCAUGUGAUCCUGCUUCAGGUGCGCCCUCAGUCGGACUCUCUGGUUUACGAUCUGGACUCUAUAUUGUCGUUUCCCUGCAGCCUGCGGCUCUACGGAGCCACGGCCUUCCGCUCGGACCGCCACAUCCGACCCGAGUACCACAGGAAGCUGCGUGUGAUUCCUGCUGACAGCUUCCUGUUGAACUUUGCGUCUGAUCGAUCUCACAUGAGGAACCCUGAUGGAACCUGGAAGAUGCCUCCUCCUCCAUACGCACCCAUCCAGACGGCAGAGAGUCAGAUGAACCUGGAUGACUUCAUCAGUAUGAGCCCUGCUGACGGCUGGGGAACCGUCUACAGUCUGGAUCACUUCCUGCUCACAUACACUGGAAACCCGUCCACAGCAUCGUCUUCACCCUGAUCUUCCUCAACGCCACCAGCAGCAGAUGUGGUUACAUGACAUUGUUGCUUCAGAUUGUUCAGAAUCAACGGUUGUGUUGGACUUUUAUCCUGGUUCUGAUGUUGGAUCCUCUAGUUUCGACCUGUGGAUUAUUUUUCUGAGUAAUAAAAACAUUUUUAUCGUCUAUGGACAUGUUGACAUUAAAAUCAGAGCUUGAGGAAAACAA